AACAAGAUCUCCCUCGUGAUACCCUUCCUACCUUCCUUCUCUCUCUCUCUCUCUCUCUCUCUCUUUCUCUAUCUAUGAAUGAGAGGUUUGGAGUACAAGAAGAAGCAAACGAAGAGCAGAGAGAGUGAGAGAGAGAGAGAGAGAGAGAGAGAGAGAGAGAGAUGGACAGCAGAGACUGCCCACUACUCGAGAAGGAGACUUUGUGGUGGUGUUGGUUGGGAGUAAUGGCGGGUGGAAAGGAGGAGAAGGAUGCUAGGAUUGAAGCCAUUGCUUCUUCCAUUAGAGUUGUUCCUAAUUUCCCCAAGCCAGGUAUUAUGUUCCAAGACAUCACCACAUUACUUCUUAAUCCCAAAGCUUUCAGGAAUGUGGUUGAAUUGUUUGUCAACCGGUACAUCGACAAGGGCAUCACAGUGGUUGCUGGAGUUGAGGCUAGAGGCUUUAUAUUUGCUGCUCCUAUCGCGCUUGCUAUUGGUGCAAAGUUCAUCCCUUUGAGGAAACCUCGGAAGCUGCCAGGUGAAGUUAUUUCAGAGAAGUAUGAUCUUGAAUAUGGAACCGAUUGCCUUGAAAUGCAUGUCGGGGCAGUUCAACCUGAGGAUCGAGCUUUGGUAGUCGAUGAUUUGAUUGCAACAGGAGGAACUCUUUGUGCAGCCAUGAAUUUGCUCGAGCGUGCGGGCGCUGAAGUGGUUGAAUGUGCAUGUGUGAUCGAACUUCCUGAACUCAAGGGCCGGGAGAGGUUGAAUGGUAAGCCAUUGCACAUACUAGUGGAGUCCCGUUGAUUCCGAUCAGCAGGCAAUGAUGGAUUACUUGUAAAUUAGAGGCGUUCUCUUGUUCGACCACGGACGAAUCUAGAGCUGUUUGAUUAGCUUUUAAGAUACUUAAUGUCGAUGUGUUGUUGUUCAAUGUUCUUAGUGUAGCAGGACUUGAAGAUGUUGCAAAUUUAACAGAUGGUUUAUGUUUGGUAGUAGUAUUCAUUAGACAUGUUUCUGAGAAGCCAAAAUUGGAAUUUCAUCCUUGUGUUAUGUUAUCCCAUUCUCUUGUUGCAGUU